AUUAAACAGACUGUAGUAAAACUCAACCGUGUGUUUAAAGUUAGAGUUAGGAUGGAAAUGAACGUUUGACUGCAAGAAAUCACUUUUCAUGCAGAUUGGCUGAAUCCAUUGUAUGGUCAAAGAUUCUGGGAUCAGACUGCUGUAUCUCAACCAUUCUUCAAUGAAUUCUUCAACAUUACCUGGAGAUCAUGAUGAAGAAAAACAAGCCAAAGGACUUAAAGGCAGAAAGUAUGUCCUGAAUGAACUUGUACAAACAGAGAAAAUUUAUGUUAAAGACUUGAGAGCUGUUGUGGAGGGCUAUAUGAAAAAAAUGGAAGAGAAAGGAAUCCCUGAUGACAUGAAAGGAAAAGACAAGAUCAUUUUUGGAAAUCUUCAACAGAUCUACGACUGGCACAACAAUUAUUUUGCAGGACAAUUGGAUGAAUGUCUUCAGGAGCCAGAGCAUUUGGCAAAGCUCUUCAUCAAGCAUGAAAGACGCUUAGACAUGUAUGCGGUGUACUGUCAAAACAAGCCAAAAUCUGAGCAUAUUGUGGUUGAAUAUGAUGCCUAUUUUGAGGAGGUAAAACUGGAUUUGGGUGAAACAUUUAGCUUGAGUGACUACCUCAUCAAACCUGUUCAGAGGAUAACCAAGUAUCAGCUACUACUCAAGGACUUCCUUAAGUACAGUGAACAAGCUGGCCUCGAAUGUUCAGAGAUUGCGAAAGCAGUUGAUGUGAUGUAUCAGGUACCAAAACGUUGCAAUGAUAUGAUGAAUUUGGGAAGACUUGAAGGUUUUAAGGGCAAACUCACAGCACAGGGGAAACUGCUGCAACAAGAUACAUUCCUCGUGACAGAACAAGUUUCAGGAGUUCUGUCCCGAAGUAAGGAAAGACAUGUUUUCCUCUUUGAGCAGAUAUUAAUCUUUAGUGAACGACUCAAGAAGGGUUCCUCAAGACCAAUGUAUCAAUUCAAGAACAGCAUUAAGGUGAAUGCGCUAAAUAUUGAGGAUAAAGUGGACAAUGAAUCAUGCAAGUUUGCUCUGAGAUCCCAUGGAACCUCCGAACGGUACAUCUUACAGGCGCCAAAUACUGAAAUCUGGCAAGCUUGGGUUUGUGACAUCAACAAAGCACUCGAGAUGCAACGAAAUUUUUUGAACGCCUUACAAUCACCAAUUGAUUACCAGAAAAAGGAACUUGGUCCCCAAUUUUUCAGAAGCAGGACAGAAACAAGAAGACUGUCCCAACCCGCCCUUGGGCCUGAUACUGCCAAUGAGAUGACAGGCUGCAAUGAGUAAUAACAGCAUGGAGCCAAAAUGAGCCAAGCAAGGGACCUGCAAAUAGCAAGGAAGUCCUUCAACUUAACUUCAUACUGAAAACAUAUCACAUAUCAACAGUUAAAAUAUGGUAAACAUUGUCCCCAUACUAAUAUCAUUUAUUAAACUAAACACAACCAGCCAUCAGACAAGUGAUACUCUUAUUAAGACUAUGAUUAAUAGAGUACCUGAACUAAACUAUGAAACAAUUUUAACAAUACAGUCAUUCGCUUUCAAUGAUUUACAAUUCAUUUAAAAUCAUUGAUUAAUUCUUUGCCUGGACUAUUGAAUAUAUAAUAAAUAUCACUAAUUAAGAUGGCAUGGACCUGGGGGCUGGAUUUUCCUGAAUGAUGCAUUCAGGUAGUUGCAGGUUACUCCAAAUUGAUUGAAUAAUCCCCUAUUGCCUGGAUAGCUAUGGCUCCAAAAACACUUAAGAAACUUAACACCAUCCAGGACAAAGCAGCCCACUUGAUUGGCACCACACUCUCAAACAUUCAAUUCCUUUUAUCACUGCCACUCACCAAGCAGCAAUCUACAGAACGUACUGCAAAAUUCAGCAAGGCUGCUUAAAUGGCACUUUCUAAACUCGUGGACACUACCAUCAUUAAGCACAAGGGCAGCAGUUACACAGAAACACUGGUACCUGCACAUUCCCCAUCAUGCCUUCAACAUUCAUACUUGGAAAUGUAUCGCCAUUCCUUUGCUGUCUUUGGGUCAAAUCCUGGAAUUCCCUCCUUAUUUGCAUUCUGUGUCUAUCUAUGCCAAAUGAUUUCAAUGGUUUAAGAAGAUUGCUCACCAUCACCUUUUCAAGAACAUCUAGCUAUGGGAAACGAAUGCUGGCCCAGUUCACAUCACAUGAGUGAAUAAAAAUGUACUUUGCUAACAUAUAUAUUCUUUAAUGAUUAAUUCCCCUCAUUGUAGACAGUGAUACACAGAUGUUAACAAAAAGAUGAUUGAUCUUCUCUGGCAUUGCAAAGUAAUGUAAUACAUUGUAACCACUGUAAUAAUCAGUAUAAACAGUAUUAGAGGGCAGAGCUGUAAUUCUUCCCAGUCAAGCAAGGGAGGUAUAAGAUGGAAUGAAGUGAGAAGAAUGAGAAAGUGUAAGAAAAGCCACCAGAACAGAAACAUGUAAGUACCUCCACCAAAAGGAUUGCAGCAGUUCAGGAAUUCAGCUCACCACCAUUUUCUCAAGGGCAACUAGAGAUAGGUAAUUAUUGCUGGCCCAGCCAAAGAUGCCUACAUCCCAUGAAAGAAUAAAUGAUAAGGAUGAGAUUUGGAUGGGUAAAAUUAAAAGGGAAAAAUAUUAGUUGUUAUUCAGUUAUGAACCCACUGGAAAAUACCUAUUAUUCACUUACAAAACUGAGGUUGUUACUUCUUGAUCAAGAUCUGCUCUAUUGGGAUUAGAGAUAAUAGGAACUGCAGAUGCUGGAGAAUCCGAGAUAACAAAUUGUGGAGCUGGGUAAACACAGCAGGCUAAGCAGCAUCUCAGGAUCAGGAAAGCUGAUUUUUUUCCGAUUAAUUUUUCUGAUGAAGGGUCUAGGCUCAAAACGUCAGCUUUCCUGCUCCAAAGACACUGCUUGACCUGCUGUGUUCAUCCAGCUCCACACCUUGUUAUCUCUGCUCUACUAGGAGUCCUUUUAAAAGUAGACACCAAAGUAGAGUCAUUAUCUAUUAAAACUUUACAGUGCUGCAUUUCCAAUCUAUUCUCAUAACAUUACAUUUGAGUGGCUAGCGAUAGCUGGAGUUGCACUUGAAAUACCUUUGUUGGAGUCUCACUGGGUUACUGCACAUCUGAUUCAGCUUACUGGUACUCAGCUGUUUUCAUUGGGAAUGAGGUGGUGAAGUGUUUUUUUUGACCUACAAAUAUAACUAAAGUGCCAUCCAGUGGUCUCACUGAGUAAUCACGAGCCACAAAGAAUACACGUUUAUGAUUGUAACGGCCUUUCACUAUUCCAUACUGCAUUGAAUAGAUCCUUUUUAUUGUUGGCUGUAGAUUUGGUGGGGGGUGGAAACUCCAAUGCGCUCUGUGUGAAGAGGGUAAAAUGUAACCACCAUUUAUGGGGAAGUUACAGAAGUUGAAAUAUUCCAGGCAGCCAUCCUUGCAUAGCUGAUCACUCUUUGUGACAACAAAUGAGACUGUUUUGAAUUUGAUGUAGUGAUAAUUACAUGAUGAAUUGAUUGCUAUCAGAGUUCUUGCAUGUACCACAAUGAAUACUUCUGAAAACCGUUUGGGUGAACUUUAAUUAUUAUUUUACAAUUUUAAUAUAAGAAGUAUUUGGUGCUAUGGUUGUCAUUAAGACAAUUAAUGUUCUGUUAGUGACAAAUUUCAACAUGUCAAAAUAUCUUCCAGCAUUCCAUAAUUAAAUGGGUGUUGUUAAUAAAUCAUUAUAUAAACAUACUUGUACACAGCUUUGCUAAUAAUACGUACAUAUAAUACAUAUAAUAUCAUUUAUCUCAAGAGAGUUGGAAUACAAAAGCAGCGAUGUGCUUCUGAGACUUUAUAAAGCUCUAGUUAGGCCCCAUUUGGAACACCGUGUCCAAUUUUGGGCCCCACACCUCAGGAAGGACGUACUGCUACUGGAGCGUGUCCAGCGGAGAUUCUCACGGAUGAUCCCUGGAAUGGUAGGCCUAACAUAUGAUGAACGGCUGAGGAUCCUGGGAUUGUAUUCAUUAGAGUUUAGAAGGUUGAGGGGAGAUCUAAUAGAAACUUAAAAGAUAAUGUAUGGCUUAGAAAGGGUGGACGCUGGGAAGUUGUUUCAGUUAGGCAGGGAGAUUGGGACCCAGGGGCACAGCCUUAGAAUUAGAGGGGUCUAUUUAGAGUGGAAAUGAGGUGACAUUUCUUCAGCCAGAGAGUGGUGGGCCUAUGGAAUUCAUUGCCACGGAGUGCAGUGGAGACCGGGACGUUACAUGUCUUCAAGGCAGAGAUUGAUAAAUUCUUGAUCUCACAAGGAAUUAAGGGCUAUGGGGAGAGUGCGGGUAAGUGGAGUUGAAAUGCCCUUCAGCCAUGAUUAAAUGGCGGAGUUGACUCGAUGGGCCGAAUGGCCUUACUUCCACUCCUACGUCUUAUGGUCUUAUGUGGAUAAAUAGACAAAUGAUGUAAUUGUCAAUUGAUGUUAAACAGUUAUAGCUAGCUACCUGAAACUAUGUAUGGAUUGUUUGAACAAAAGGUUGGAUCUUUUAUUUCAGCCUUUCUUAAACUUGGGUGAUUUUGGACAUCCAUUUUGUACUGUUGUGUUAUCCUUAAUUUUGUUAAAAGAAAAUGCUUCGGGCACAAAAUAUCACUAUU